AUGGAAAGUGACCCUUUUUCCCCUGAAGACGACUUCGAGAGUGUAAAAUCACUUCCACUUCCAGAGGGCUUAACAUGCCUAGUAUGUUUCGAGGACCUCUCGAACCAGAACAUGGUCGCUUACAAGGCUAAUAAGGACUCAUCCUGGCACUUGUCAACUUUUUGUGUCGAUUGUAUCAAAUAUCUACUCAAAAUUCAGUUUCAUAAAUAUUUGAAUACUUUGUCUACCACAAAUUGUGCUAAGGAGCAAAGAACUUUAUUGGACCGUGGGCCUCCGAUCAAUGUGAGUGACCGUCUCGGGUUUCCGGAGGCUGGAAACGAUGAAGUUUACUCACUUUUCGACUUCGGAACUCUUAUGCCUUUAAGUCCGAAGUUGGACGGGAGUAAGGUAUUUUUAGUAAAUUUUACCCUUUCAGACAGGGCAGGAGAGGAUGGAACUGUGGGAGGAGCUUAA